UACAAUCAACUUGAAAUUUUUAGGAAAAAUCUCUGUUAAUGUACUACUUACCUUGUACUACAUUACUACAAGCUAUGGUAAAAGAGAAUGGACUUGUUUAUUGUCCUUGUUAUAAAUUAACUUCAAAUUAGACAACCUUAAUCUCUUCAUUCAAGCUUUGUCUUUUGUCACAAAGAUUCAACUUUCUAUUACUAUCUACUGUCAAAACUCAAAACAAGUAGAGGAAUCUGUGAAUCCAAUGGGAACUAGAAGCAACCAAGAAGAAGAAAGAGAGAUUGAGAAUCCUCAUCACAUUGAAGAGGGUUCAGUGGCUAUGGAUGAGGAGUUGAAUAGAAUAGCACCAUGGAGGAAACAGAUAACAGUUAGAGGAUUAAUAGCUAGUUUUUUUAUUGGAAUUAUUUAUAGUGUGAUUGUCAUGAAAUUGAAUCUUACAACUGGAUUAGUCCCUAAUCUCAAUGUAUCUGCUGCUCUACUUGGUUUUGUGUUUAUUCGAAUUUGGACUAAGAUUCUUGCAAAAGCAAAGAUUGUUUCAACUCCAUUCACUAGACAAGAGAAUACCAUCAUUCAGACUUGUGCUGUUGCUUGCUAUAGCAUCGCUGUAGGAGGUGGUUUUGGGUCUUAUCUAUUGGGGUUGAAUAGAAGGACUUAUGAGCAAGCCGGGGUUGAUACACCAGGGAAUACUCCUGGUAGUACCAAAGAGCCUGCAAUUGGUUGGAUGACGGCUUUUCUAUUCGUCACCAGUUUUGUUGGACUUUUAGCUUUGGUCCCCAUUAGAAAGAUCAUGAUAAUAGACUACAAAUUAACUUAUCCGAGUGGAACUGCUACUGCUGUUCUUAUUAAUGGAUUCCAUACUCCUAAAGGAGAUGUGAUGGCCAAGAAGCAGGUUCAUGGAUUUGUGAAAUUCUUCGCAGCGAGCUUUGUCUGGGCUUUCUUUCAGUGGUUUUUUACCGGUGGAGAUAAUUGUGGAUUUGUUCAGUUUCCUACUUUUGGAUUGCAAGCAUGGAGAAACUCAUUUUACUUCGAUUUCAGUAUGACUUAUGUUGGAGCAGGAAUGAUUUGUUCUCAUCUUGUUAAUUUAUCGUUACUUCUCGGUGCUGUUGUUUCAUGGGGUAUCAUGUGGCCUUUAAUCAAGGGACUAAAAGGAGAAUGGUUUCCUGCAAGUAUACCUGAAAGUAGCAUGAAGAGUCUCAACGGUUAUAAGGUUUUUAUUUCCAUUGCUUUGAUUCUCGGUGAUGGAUUUUACAAUUUUGUCAAAGUUCUCUAUUUCACUGCCACAAAUAUCCAUGCCAACAUGAAAAAGAAGGAUCUUAAUAAUACAUUUUCCGAUAACCAGAAACAAUUGCCUCUUGAUGAUCUCAGACGAAACGAAAUGUUUGCUAGAGAAAACAUUCCUAUUUGGUUGGCAUGUACAGGGUACAUAUUUUUCUCCGUCAUCUCUAUCAUCGUAAUCCCAUUGAUGUUCCCUCAAUUGAAAUGGUAUUUUGUUCUGUUUGCGUAUAUUUUCGCACCCUCUCUCGGCUUCUGCAAUGCUUAUGGUGCUGGAUUAACCGAUAUGAACAUGGCCUAUAACUACGGAAAAGUGGCCCUCUUUGUGCUUGCAGCCUUGGCUGGAAAAAGUGAUGGUGUAGUUGCUGGACUUGUAGGGUGUGGUUUGAUUAAAUCUAUUGUUUCAAUUUCAUCUGAUUUGAUGCAUGAUUUGAAAACUGGCCAUCUCACUUUGACUUCACCUCGUUCGAUGCUUGUAAGCCAAGCAAUCGGUACAGCAAUAGGUUGUGUUGUUGCUCCUAUCACAUUCUUCCUUUUUUACAAGGCUUUUGAUGUUGGUAAUCCAGACGGUGUCUACAAGGCUCCGUAUGCUAUCAUAUAUCGAAACAUGGCAAUUUUGGGCGUGGAAGGUUUUUCUGCACUUCCAGAUCAUUGCUUGCAACUAUGUUGUGGAUUUUUUGUAUUUGCGAUAGUGGCUAAUUUGGUGAGAGAUCUUGGCCCAAAAAAAGUUGCGAGAUGGAUUCCACUUCCAAUGGCUAUGGCCGUGCCUUUUCUUGUUGGUGGUUACUUUGCCAUUGAUAUGUGUAUGGGAAGUUUGGUUGUGUUUGCAUGGCAUGUGCUGAACAAAAAUGAAGCUGGUUUGAUGGUUCCGGCAGUUGCUUCUGGUUUGAUUUGUGGAGAUGGAAUAUGGAUUCUUCCUUCAUCCAUUCUUGCUUUGUUAAAGGUUAGAACAGAUGCGUGUAUGUAAAAAGCAAACUUGUCCAAGGCGGAAAAAUUAACAUUUCCAUGCUAAACGUCACCUCAGUUUACUCCUCUGCAUUGUGCAAGAGGAUGAGGCUCGUGGUCUGCUGGCAGUAUUGGAGUUGGUGAGAGAUCAUGGGUUGCAUGAUGUGAAGUUUGAGCUGAAUCAAAGUUAUUAGUUGAUGAUGCUUUUAAAGUUAUGUUUGGUGUAACAUUUGAUCUUCUCGAAUAUUAUUGAAGGAUCAAACUGUGGAAUCUCCCUAUUUCUCCUAAGGUUAAGCAUUUUAUGCGGCGCCUAAGAAGAAAUUGUUUACCUGAUAGACAAAGAUUGGUUAGUAAAGGAAUUGAUUGUGACUCUAACCGUGUAGUAUGCAAUCCUCACCUUGUUUCUAUGCUGUGAGGACGGUGUUAAUUGUUGGAAGAAACAGCGCUUAUGGCCUCACCUUGAGAAGCUCGUGGAGAAAGCCGAAGGAUUUAAUGAAGUAUUCAUUCGCAUAUUGCAACAGCUGAACCAAUCACAAUUGGUUAAUUUUGCCAUGACAUCUUGGUUGUACAUGGAAAAAGAGGAACCUAAAAUUGUAGGAAGAUAAAGAUGAGACUGUCGAACUGGUAUUGUAUUACGCACAGGGGAUGAUGGCAGAAUGGCAGUCCGCCAGACAUGCUCGCCACUCUGCAGAUCCGGAACAGCAGCAAGCAAGCAAGCAGUCACGCAAUGGCAGCAUCCUCCCGGUGAAUUUGUCAAAUGCAACAUUGAUGCCACAACGUCCAAAUCUGAUCGAAAGGUGUGUGAAACUUGAAGCUUGACACCAUAGCCAUAGGCUCAAAACAUGCUUAAGCAAGAAACAGUUAAGCAAACUAUAUCUCUCUAAGAUAGAAUUCAAUAACUAACUAACAGAAUCCUAACCAACUCAGUUAGUUACAAAACAAAAUUCUAACUAACUUGUAAUACAGGCAACUGUUUCCUUCACUUGGCUUUUAUUAUUAACAAGGUGAGCAUUGAAAGGCUUAUGAGAGAUGCAACCAGUCAAUUUUUGGGAGCAAUAUCAGAUGUUUAUAACCACGCCAUGGCAGCGGCCGUAAGUGAAGCAUAGGGUUUUCUUCAAGGCCUCAAAUGUAUUGAAUCUCUAGGAGAGCAUAAUGUGAUUUUUGAAUUGGAUUGCAACAUGGUAGUUGAUCAUAUGCACACUAAUAAGUUGAAUCGCUCGGAGCAUGGCUCGAUUAUAAGAGUGUAAAAUGUUCCUUCACAAUAAUAAUAGCUAUAAAGUUAUGUUCACUAAAACAAACAAAAACAGUCAUGCUCUUGCACAAGCAGCUUUACUUUAUGUUUCUCGCAAUAUUUUUUAUGUAAUUCUCAAUUGUAUCUGUACCAUUUUUUUUAAUGAAAUGUAAGUUUGUUUGCGUAAAAAAAAG